AUGCCACUUGAAUUAAUAAAAGAAGUCAACGGAGUGCCUGAAGUUGAUCUGCUAAAUAAAUUACACAAAGUCGAUAUCAGAUCCCUACAGCCAGGUUGUGAUUAUGACAAGAAAUAUAUCCAGGGAAAACUCUCACUUAUCUCUUCUUUAAUCUGUGGUGAAAACAGAAGAGCUAUUUUAAAGAUUGGACUUCAAGAACAAGAUAAUUCGAGUUCAGAGAUCAGCAAGAUCAAUAUAUUAUUUUUUGGAAGCUUAGCAAAGGACUGUGCCAAAGUUUUCUAUGAAGGGGACACCAUUGCAGUGGCUGGAUUUGUUGUUCUGUCAGCAUCUUCAUCUCCAAGCAGAGAUGGUAAACAUUGCUUAUUUCUGAAAGCAUCUGAGAACUUCAAAUCAACUGUUUAUGUUUAUGUUAAACCGGUAGGAGAUUGUUCUACAGAAUCAAUGUCUUUGGCUCCAGCCACACAUUAUGUAUAUACACCCCUGAAUCAACUUAAAGGUGGCAUGAUUGUGAACGUCUAUGGUGUCGUGAAGUUCUUUAAACCUCCGUACCUAAGCAGAGGAACUGAUUAUUGUUCAGUUGUAACAAUUGUGGACCAGACAAAUGUAAAACUAACCUGCCUGUUCUUUAGUGGAAAUUAUGAAGCCCUUCCAAUGAUUUAUAAAAAUGGAGAUAUCGUUCGCUUUCACAGGCUAAAGAUCCAAGUAUAUAAAAAGGAGACUCAAGGUAUCACCAGCUCUGGCUUUGCAGCUUUGACAUUUGAGGGAACUUUGGGGGCUCCUAUCAUUCCUCGUACUGCAAGCAAAUGUUUUAACUUCACUGCUGAGGACCAGAAAAUGGUCGAAGCUUUACGUAUUUGGGCAUCGACUCAUAUUUCACCUUCUUCAAUAUCAGUCAAAUUGUGUGAUGUCCAGCCAAUGCAGUAUUUUGACCUGACUUGCCAGCUCUUGGGCAAAGCCGAAGUGGAUGGAGCAUCAUUUCUUCUAAAGGUAUGGGAUGGCACCAGGACCCCAUUCCCAUCUUGGAGAGUCUUAAUACAAGACGUUGCUCUUGAAGGUGAUUUAAGUCGCAUCCAUCAGCUGCAGAAUCUGACAGUAGACAUUUUAGUCUAUGAUAACCAUGUUCAAGUGGCUAAAUCUCUAAAGGUUGGAAGCUUCCUUAGAAUUUAUAGCCUCCAUACCAAACUUCAGUCAGUCAGUUCAGAGAACCUAGCAACGUCUUUAGCCCUAGAAUUUCAUCUCCAUGGAGGCACAAGUUAUGGUCGGGGAAUCAGAGUCUUGCCUGAAAAUAACUCCGAUGUGGAUCAGCUGAAAAAGAUUUUAGAAUCUGCACACUUGCCCCCCAACCAGAGUUUUGUUGGUGUAUGUCAAUCAGAGCAAGAGGACAGCUUUUCAAACAUUUCAAGCUCUGGAUCAGUAUCACUAUAUGAAGUCGAAAGAUGUCAACAACUCUCAGCUACCAUACUUACAGGUCAUCAAUAUUUGGAGAAAACCCCACUGUGUGCUAUUUUGAAGCAAAACGCUCCUCAACAAUAUCGUAUCCGAGCAAAACUGAGAUCAUAUAAGCCCAAAAGACUCUUUCAGUCUGUCAAACUUUAUUGUCCUAAGUGUCACUUACUGCAAGAAGUGCCACAUGAGAUUGAUUUGGAUAAGAUUUUCCAAGAGGGUGCAAGCACAACCCCAGAUACAAAGCUACAAAAUACAUCCUUAUAUAAUUCGAAGGUCUGGACCACUAAAGAUCAAGGAGAACGAAAAGUAGCUAUUCAUUUUGUGAAAAAUAAUGGUAUUCUUCCACUUUCAAAUGACUGUCUAAUUUUGAUAGAAGGAGGUACACUCAGUGAAAUCUGCAAACUCUCAGACAAGUUUCAUAGUGUAAUUCCUGUAAGAUCUGGCCAUGAAGACCUGGAAGUCCUUGACCUUUCAGCUCCAUUUCUUAUACAAGGGAAAAUACAUCACUAUGGAUGUAAACACUGCUCUAGUUUGAGACCAAUAAAAAAUCUAAAUUCCCUGGUUAAUAAAACAUCGUGGAUUCCUUCUUCUGUGGCAGAAGCACUGGGCAUUGUUCCCCUCCGACAAGUGUUUGUGAUGACAUUUACUCUUGACGAUGGAACGGGAGUAUUGGAAGCUUACCUCAUGGAUUCUGAAAAUUUCUUCCAGAUUCCAGCAUCAGAAGUCUUAAACAAUGAUAAUCUUCAGCAUAACAUGGAAAUGAUCAUGGAUAUGUUUUGUCCCCCAGGAGCAAAAAUUGAUGCAUAUCCGUGGCUGGAAUUCUUCAUCAGGUCAUAUAAUGUCACAAGUGGAAAGGAGCAGCAGAUAUGCUAUCAGAUUUUUGAUACUACAAUUGCAGAUGAUGUUAUCUAA